AUGAUGAUGUCCACUCUGCUCUCUGCAGCCCUGCUGCUGCUGCUUCCUGGGACUCUAACUCUGGAAAGUAAACCAACUCCAAUCACUGUGGUGGUGGAGAACAGUCUACUAGGCAACCCUCCAGUGACCUACAGCAGUCAUGUGGUGUACAGAGGGAUCCUGCUGGGUGCCAUGAAGACACUCAUGGACUCAAAUGCAAACUUUAAGUUCACCUACACGGAGAACCUAAACUACGGCCCAUACUUGGAGAGUGUGAAUGGUGUAGCUGGAAGUGACGAAGACCAUACCUACUGGGAGCUGCUGGUCAAGAAACCAGAUGGCAAAGUCAUAAGACCUGAUGUUGGUAUUGGAUGUUACAUCCCAAGUGAAAAUGAGCAAAUAAUCCUAAGAUUUUCUAAGUGGUGAAGAUUCAGCAGCCAGCAUAUUUAAACAUGCGAUCAGUGUUGGAAUCGACUGUAUGACCAUAUAUUUCAUAGGUGAACAAUCAAAUGACAUGUAUCUGCGUUUAUUGUUGAAUUAC